CCCUUGUAGGGUCGGAAACCUGCCUGCCCCUUGCCAGCGGCUCUGACGCCCGCAAGCCCCUCGGAAGAGCAGGUGGCGUUUUAACCCCGGGGCACCCCAAAGGUUGCACCUGCCCCUGUAGGAGGAUGAACCCCAACCCACCUGGGGUCACACCUAUGGGUCCCCCUGACAGCCAUUCAACCCCCACGGAUCAGGAUUAAACUCCGAGGGAGAGGCCGGGAUCAACACCAGAGGAAUAUUUUGCCCUGUAUAAAACCUCCCCCCCCCCAAAAAAAAUUUAUCCCCAGACCCUGGGAAAUGGGGGACACGUUUCCAGCAAGGGAAGGAAUCAGAAGGGGUCCUCGGACCCCCACUACCCUUAGCUUAAAUUUUGGGCACCCCCUUGUAUUUCUCCAGAGGCAGUCGCACCUUCCUAGGGGACACCUCCCUCAUCUAGGUAGGGGUCCCCAACCCAAGGUAGCCAGGAUGUGGUAUGAACCCUCUUGUGUUUAACCAGGGCUGGUCUUAGGUUUUUUUGGGACACCCUCUAAUCUGGGACAGCCCCCCAAAUCAGUCUCCCUGCCCCCCCAAAUUCCCCCAGGAACAUGGAUCUCCUUAGGACCAAGGGGAAGUCAGACUAGGCAACUUCCUUAGAGUUAGUUCCUUGUUCUAGCUAUUCUGUUCCCAUGCCAAGUAAGGUGUCCUCGGGCGGGGAUAAGAAGGGAGCCUAGAGGGGCUGUACCCCUGAAUAGCCCCCGGUGCACCCACCACGGCGGACCCAGUAGCAGAGACAGGUGUCCAGGGCUCAUAAGGGGGAUUGAAGGGACAAUUAAGGUCAAAUAGCUGGACCUUAAAAGUGACACCAGCUCUGACCCAGAGAGAGAAGGGAAAACUGGGGAACCCCCACGCCCCAAAGGGGCAGCAGAUUUCCAGGACAACGGUGGAUCCGGGAUCCGGCUGAUCACAGAAACAGGAGAAGGUCCCCAGCCACAUGAAGUUGCAUGAAAGCAGCGUCCUGGGCUACUCCCGCGUGGCAGCGCCCCCCGACCGGCAGGGACGGCUGUACAAGAAGAGCGAACGCAGCAGCAGCUACCAGCGCCGCUGGUGCGAGCUGCGGGGGAACCUGCUCUUUUACUGGGAGCGACAGGGGGACCGCGAGCCGCUGGGGCUGAUCCUCCUGGAGGGCUGCACUGUGGAGUUACAGGAAUCCGCCACAGAGCCUUUCACCUUCGAGAUCUCCUACCCUCAGGGUCCACUGGGCCACCGGGCCUACAAGAUGGCUGCUGAAGACCAGACUUCCAUGGAGGGCUGGGUGCGGGCUCUGAGCACGGCCAGCUUCAACUACCUGCGGGCCCUAUUGACGGAACUGGAGGGACAGUACCGGGACAGUGGGGCCCUCAGGGUGACACCACUGGAGGAGGGGGCUGCGUGGUGCAGCCCAUUGGUGUCAGAAAUGGGAUUACCAAACUUUGAGGGGCUUCACCGGCAGUUUGGGAAGGAGAUUGUGAAACUGAGGGCGAGGUGGAGGGAGGAGAGAGCAGGAGGAGCCCAGACAGUGCAGGGGGACCUGAUUGAUUUGGAGUAGGGAGAGAGGGAGGGGGGAAAGGAAGCAACCUGGAGGGGGUAGGGAAUCCACAUUCAUUGCCAUCAAAUACAGGAGAAACUAUGGGGAACCCAGGGGCGGGCUAGCAGGGGCUGCAGGUCAGGAUUAAGCCUUUGUGGUCUGGGGUGACUGGAAAUGGGGACAAAAUAUUUGCCAAAUAUUUACACUGUGAAGAUGCCUUUACAAUAAUAAAAUUAUUGCAUCCAG